AUGCCUCGAGUUAAAAUUGAUUAUGUUGUGAGCAUGAGUAGUGAGGACCCUGAAAAUCCGGCAAACAACCUAUUAUCGUGGGAAAUAAACAAGAAGAAAUGGCUCUGUAAGACGGGCGAGACCUCUUGUUCAGUAGUCCUACAACUGACUAAGGCUGUCCAGAUAGAAUCAAUCACGGUUGGAACUUAUCACACAUCCAUGCUAGAGGUGCUAGUGGGAUCAUCGGAGAAGCCCAACGACACCUUUGAGGUGUUGGUCCCGAGCUGUGUGUUGUGUUCUCCACGAGAGGCUCGCGGAGAACCCGUUGAGAGAGUGAAGAGCUUCACACGAGAUGAACUGACGGCCGCCCGACACACACGCUGGGACCGACUGAGGCUAGUCUGCUCACAACCUUACAAUAGACACUGCAAGUAUGGAAUCUCAUUUGUUCAUAUCUUUGAACCGGAAAGUUCAGCUCAAUCGGGCCAGACGGCUGUGUCCAUCCCUCGCAUGUUGCGGCUCGACGAGAUCGGUUCAGAAGAUGAGGAGUUCCGUCCCGGAGAACUGUUCAACAAACACAAACAGGAACAAAACACACAUACUAGUACUGAUGCACAGAUCAGACAGGCGACGUCGCGGGCACUCAACAAUAUAGGCGACUCCUCAACCAGAUUAACAAAGACGCCGAUAACGAAAACUAACAACAGACUGUUAGGAGAAAACUCGAGUUGUUCAAAAAGAGAAAAGAGAAGUCUUAUAUACACAGAAGAUGACGAGCAACCACACAAGAAGAUAGACAGAGUUAUAGAGAGACACGAGAGAGAGAAACAGAGAGAAGAAAUAAAGAAGAAGAAGACUGACCAGGAGGACAAGAAGAAGAAGACGAUCACUACCAGAGAAGAGAGUACAGGAGAUGAGAAGAACAAGGAAACAAAACAAACGGACAACCGGACACCGGACCACACACACACUACAGUAAUGAAUACAAACAAGAGGAAACACUCCCAGGAAGCUCCGUCCCGCCCUCUGUCGUCCGUCCUGUCGGGCGUGGUGUUCUCUAUAUCGGGCUACGUGAACCCGCGUCGAGCGUCGGUCCGCGCGGCCGCUCUCCGGAUGGGUGCGCGCUACACGCCCGACGUCACCCACGACUGCACGCACCUCAUUUGUGCCUUCCCCAAUACUCCGAAACUCCGUCUGGUACGGGACGGCGUGGCCGUGGUUAAGGCAGAGUGGAUCGAGGACUGUCUGCAUUCAGGGACCAGGCUCAAGGAGGGGAGAUACGAGACGAGGGGAGGGGGAGGGGGGCGCACCCGGGACGAGAAGGAGGAGAGGGGAGGGGGACUUCACCAGGGCGAGGAGGAGAGGAAGGGGGACGGGGGAGGGCGGCGACACAUGGACAGUAAGGAGAGGGAAGUUGGGCGCCACCAGGACGAUGAGGGAAGGGAAGACGGGGGAGGGGGAGGGGGACGGCACCAGGAUGAGACGGAACACGACACGGACGACGAAAUAGAACAAGUGAUGAGACGACAGAAGAGAAAACGAGUGAAGGAAGAGGAGGAGGAGGAGGGAGGGGACACGGAGGAGGAGGACGGAGAACAGAGGAGGGAGGAGAUAGACGAGAGUAAGUCGCUGCCCCAGUUCCUGUCGGGCGCCACGUUCUCCGUGUGUGCUCGCCUGCCGCCGCCGGUCCGCUCGCUCGUGGCGCGCUACAUCACCGCGUACGGCGGGGUGGUGCUGCAGUCGGUGAGUGAGUCUCCUCAGUUCGUCAUCAGCUCGUCGUCCGCCUCGAGCCCCGCCUGGCUGUGGGCGUGUCACACACACGGACGACUGCUGCCGCUCAACUGA